UCUUCUAUAUAAUUCCUAUGGAUCUUCCUUUAAGACAUAUAUCAACAAUCAUGCCUGUGUCAGUGAAGCGCAGAAGAAUAGAUGGUCAGUGGCUUAUAAAAAAGCCGAAUGAAAGACAAGAUGAUAAGGUUAUACUGCAGGAUACAAUUGAUCAAACAACAUUCGAUAUUAAAAUAUGUGACUAUAGAUUGUUGGAAAAAGGAUUGAUGAUGAGUGAUGCUCUUAUUGAUUUUUAUUUGGCGUAUAUGCAUAGUAAACUAAGCGAUAAGAAUAAAGAAAAGGCAUAUGUAUUCAGUACACACUUUUAUAGCUGCUUAACAAAACAAAUUAAUAAAUCAACAUAUGAUACGUCCUUAUCGUGUUCCAAGAAUAGACAUAAUAAAGUGGAGAAAUGGACCAAGAAAGUGAAUGUAUUUAAAAAAGAUUUCAUCUUUAUACCAAUAAAUAAAUAUCAACAUUGGUGCCUAGCAGUCAUAUGUUUUCCUUACUUAUCGGGUAAGGUUUACAUAAAACAAGAAACACAUUGUGAUGAACCCGAUGAUAAUACAGGUCGAUAUGAAGUGUCUCAAUGUGUACCAAAACUACCUGGAGCGGAUGAAGCUGAUCCGAUUGUAGAAGAUCUGUGGCUGUUUGAUUUAUGCUUACCUAAAAACUAUCAAGAUAGACACAGCAAUUAUUAUGAUGACGUGGAAGUAUUAAAAACACAAAAAAAAAAUAAACUAAUUAAACGGCCUUGCAUUUUAAUAUUUGAUUCAUACUCCAGAGGUAUACUGAACGCAGUGAUCACAGCAACGCUACGUGAAUGGUUACAGCAUGAAUACUGUAAGAAAUACAAUGGCGAACAAAAAGACUUUCAAUUUAUGAAAGCAUGUUCAGUCAAAGUACCUCAGCAACCUAAUAUAACGGAUUGUGGUCUUUUUGUAAUGCAUUAUUUUGAAAUGUUUUAUUCUCGGCCAAUUAUUGAUUACACUUUUCCAAUUCAUCACUUGGAAAAUUGGUUUCAUACUGAUGAUGUGGUCAAGAAUGAGAAAAAAAGGAAAGAAGUUUAUAAUAUUAUUACAGAAAAAAUAAAAGCAAAAGGAUUACCUGAUGGUAUUGAAUUGCCAGAUCUACAUUUGAAUGACCACAUUGAAGAGACUGGUAACAUUCGUAAUAAGAAUGAUUUGUCUGAAAAAGUUGACAAACAAGAAGAAAAAAUAGAAGAAGACGAAGACGAAGAAGAAGAAGGAAAAGAAAAAGAAAACGAUGAAGAAGAACAAGAACAAGAAGAAUACGAAGAAGAAGAAGAACAAGAAGAAGAAGACGAAGGAGAUGAAGAAGAAGAAGAGGAAGAAGGAGAAGACGAUGAUCCACAUUAUAUCAUAGAAUUAGACUUCGGCGAUGCAGAUAAUUCUUUUUCGUCAUCUACUUCUUCUGACAAUGAAGAAGAAGAUAGUGACAACAAUUAAGAAAUAACAUUAGACUUUGGUGAUGAAGAUAAGAUGGAGAAGAAGAUAUUAAGUACUGCAGCGAGGAGCAAUGGUUGCAGUUAGAAAAAUGACUCCAGUGGUAACCGAACGCUUCUCCACAAACCAAGUCAACUCACAUCCUUCCCACCUUGGUAUGUGUACUAUAUGUUUUCAUUGUAUUGUUCCUUAACUAUUUAACUUGACACCGCUGUGUUGUUAUAAAUAUUACUGUCGCUUACAUUUUUUGUGUUAUUAUUUUUUAUAAAUUUAAAAUUAUUAUGUUAACUCAUGUGAAAGAUUACAUUGUUACUACAUUUUUUGCUAUAAGCACUCCCUUAAAUUAUGUUACCCAAUUGAUGUUACAGCCCAAAUUGUUUAUUAUUAUUAUUAUAUAUUUUAUUUCAUUUGUAUCAUACAUAAUUAAAAUAUUUAGGAUAUAUCAUUGAUACCCAUGUGUUUGUUAUGGGUAUCUCCAUAAAAGAUCUUUCCCAAAUGAUCUCAUGGUGAAAAUGAUUUAUUAUUAUUAUUUGUAUUACUAUUAACUUCAAAAUAAUUGUAUCAAUACAUAU